AUGUCAAGACCGCACAGAUCUCAAGAAAGAUCUCGUCCUUCUCCUCAAACCCAUCACCAACAUCAAAAUCAUCAAUCACAACAGUUAAAUACAUUGAACACACAUCACUCUCGUAUCUCGCGAGAUUCUCGAGAUCUCCGAGAUUUCCGAUUCGAGACAUCCGAGCUCGCAGAUCCGGUGAGCUACACGCUUCAUCAUGCCUCCGAAUUGUUACAUCUGAAUGUGGGCGGUACUCGAUACACGACUCUUUAUGAGACGAUAGCUCGAGUGCAAUCGACUUUCUUUAAUCACUACUGCAAAAUCGAUGCAAGAAGUGGGAAAGUCGUUCGAUUCAACUCACAUAUUAUUGACGAUGGAACGGGAGCGAUUUUUAUAAAUCGAGACGGGAGCUUAUUUGCUUAUAUUUUGCAAUAUAUGAGAGACGGGAGGCAGGCGGUGUUGCCCAAAGAUCAGGGUUUACUUCGACAGAUUCAGCGAGAAGCCCAAUACUAUGGCAUCGAAAGUCUUCGCAAAUUGAUCAGCGAUAUUUUGAAUGAUCUGCACAAUGAUCACGAGAGAAGUGAAACAUUGGAGAAUAUCCAUGCUCAGGUCAAACAAAUUGCCCACUCGCUAGCCUUCUCGUCAUUUAACAAUCGAAUU